GUCAGCCCAUCCGGAGGCAGCACUGGAGAGAAUCCCAGAGGCGGCAGCAGGUCCUGCAGGCACUCCUCCCGCACUUAACCCUUCGUGGGAGCUGCAGAUGGAGCCUCCUUGUUUGAAGCAGGGAGGAUUUAGUGUCUGGUUUCUCUGAUAUCCAUGAGGAGGAGCUGCUGGAUGUGGUGAUUUGAAUCUCUGGCCAAGGACAGCUGAGCCGGGGCUGCGCUGUGGAGAUGAUCUGAUUGUGCUUUGGAUUUAAUGCCCUGGGAAAUCUUGCUUUGGAUGCAGCACCUGGCUGGCAGCGAGGAUCCUGCUCUGAGGUGGUUUGUGUGCUGGGUGAUGGUGGCACACAGAAGGUCACAGGAUUCGUGCAAGGUCCCCAGGUAAACACUGCAAUGGGGAAACUCCUCUGGAGAUCCAUGCACUGGAGAGCAGAGCAGGGAGCUCUGGCUCUCUGACAUACCUGCUUCAAAUGAUGAUAAACCUUCUUCUGCAGCAUUCCUUUUAAAGGAGAGCUGCUGGCCUGCCUUGCCAGCUGAGCUUUCUGUGCCUGCACUGAAGGAACAGCCUGAGCCUCCUGGAAGGAGCAAUUUUCUGCAGCUGAAAUCUUAGUGCAGAAGUGUGGAAGAAAUCUGCUGUUCUGAGAGCAGCCUGGCUGUUCCUGAACAGUGAGUUCAUGCUCCCUGGCCGUGACUUGGACUUGGGAAAAGGCAGCUGAGUUGCUCAGAAAAAGAACAGAGCUUUCCUUCAGUCCUUCACUGGGGUUUCUGUUUCCAUCGGCGCCGUGCAGAGCGUUGCAGCAUGCGCCCCCUUGCUGCCUUGGCUGAGAGCAGGAUGAGGAGUUGAGGAGGUGCUGCCAAGACCCAGUGGAAGAAGUCACCUUCCCAACUGCCCUGCUCAGAGGAGCUGCUUCUCUCAGCUGUCAAGGCCUCUGAGUGUUGCUGCAGGGAAGAGGACAGGGCUGCCUGAGCCAUGUCCAGCGAUCCCCCCCCUCCCUACCCGGGGGGCCCCUCGGCGCCGCUGAUAGAGGAGAAGCACGGCCCCCCCUCAGCACCAGAGGGUGUCACCCCAGUGGUGGGACAGCCCCAGGGGGUUCCUCUCCCCCCUCCCGAGUUCGGACCCCCCCCAUAUGAGCCCCCCUCGCAGCCGGGGUUCAUCCCCCCCCACAUGCCCACGGAUGGCUCUGGGCCCUACGUGCCACCAGCAGGAUAUUACCCACCCCCAGGCCCCCACCCCCCCAUGGGCUACUACCCUGCCCCAGGCCCCUACCCCUCUCCUGGUGGCCACACGGCCACAGUGCUGGUGCCCCCGGGAGCUGCCACCACGGUGACAGUGCUGCAGGGAGAGAUCUUCCAGGGAGCCCCUGUGCAGACUGUGUGUCCCCACUGCCAGCAAGCCAUCACCACCAAGAUCUCCUACGAGAUUGGGCUCAUGAGCUUCCUCCUGGGCUUCUUCUGCUGCUUCGUGGGGUGUGAUCUCUGCUGCUGCCUGAUCCCCUGCCUGUUCGAUGACUUCAAGGACGUGACACACACGUGUCCCAACUGCAAGGCCUACAUCUACACGUACAAGCGCAUGUGCUAACGGCACCCGGGAGCCUCUGGAACGCCGCCGGCCCCGCCCCGCUGCCGUCCGUCCAUCUGUCCGUCCGUCGGUCCGUCCCCGCGUGUGCAUCGCCCUCCCCUCGCUUCCCGCCGGUGGUGUGUGUGUGUGUUAUCCCCGGCUCCUCCCGCAGAGCUGCCAGCACUGCCCCGGCUCUGCUCCUCACCGGGAAUAGUUGGGUUGGUGACAUGGGGGCACGGGGGCGGUGUGGGAGCUGCCCUGCAGUGCACAGGCAGGGGGGGCAUCGCUCUGCACCCCGUUACACUGCAAGUGUGAGCGAGGCCCCCUCACCUGGAGCAGCUGCUGGAGGUGCCCAGCCCAGUCCCACAGUGCAGGGGGUGCC